UUGCAAUGUGAUAAUUGCUGAAAAUGAUGACUAUGGAUCAACAGCGACUAUUAAUCAGGAUUUAAUUAUUGGGAAAGAUAUCUCAUUUAUGCCUUGUAACAUAGAGGAAUAUAAUGAGUAUAUAAAUAAUACCCCAUACUAUGUUUUACAACUUUACAGUUAUCUUGUUAAUGGCCAAAAAGUUGUAGUUACAUUUUCUGGUAUAAAAGUUUUCUUCGAUAUUCGUGUUUCCGAUAACCAAAAUAUUGAUAUAUUCGAAACUGAAAUAAAAAAUAUUAUUGCCAAUGGAAAAGAUGGCGAAGGGGGAACUGUAGAUAUGACAGAACUCCAGACAGAACAUAUAAAGGCAUUUCCUAUUCGCGGUUAUUACAAAGAAAAAAAACCCUAUGUUCGUAUUAUUACAACUACUAGUAAACAAAGAUCAAUCGCUCUUAAUAUUAUCCUAAAAUAUAAUUCAGAAAUUACAUCAUCCGAUAUAGAUAAAUCUAAGCUGGAAACCGCCUCAGAUGAUUUGAGCGCAUACUACCGAAAAGUUGCUAGAGAAUAUAGGAUUCCACUCUCUAGAUGGAUUUUAUUAACUAAUUACAAAUAUGCGAAGCAUAGAGUCUCCGACUCAUAUAAUAGCCAUAGAAUGCCUUAUAGUGCCCGUUCACCUCUUUGUGAACAUGCUUUUUAUUUAUCUGUUAAUAAUUUUUGCCAUGUUGAGGAUCCCGCA